AUGUCUGGUGCGCCACCCGCACGUGUCGUCCUCGCAUGCCAGGACCUCAUCGAAGCCAUUGCGACGUUCCAACGAGGCAUCUACUACGACAUGCGCCCGUUUGUGACGGUGGCGAAUCCAUGGACCCACCUGCGCCAUAGUUGCGUGGACGAAAAAGAUCUCGAACUGACCGCGAUGGCGUUCGCCCCGUUUCACGAUAUCGUGUCCAUGUGGUACACCAAGUGGGGCCACGAGCGCCUUCCCAAGCUGCUGGCAUGCCUGCCCCACCUGCGCGACAUCGUUGUGUCGCAUGCAGUAUUCAGCGGCAACCUGCCUGUGCUCCAGAUGCUGCCAGCACAGACCAUACAGGCCGUGCGAUACCCAUUGCUGGACCUGGCAGCAUUAACUGGCCGUAUGGACAUCCUAGACUAUCUCCAUGCAGUUGUGCGCCACAAUGGAUGCACAAUAUGGGCCAUUGACAAAGCCGCGCACUACGGCCACAUCGACGUCGUGCGAUACCUUCAUGAACGACGGACGGAAGGAUGUUCUGCCUGGGCUAUCAUGGCUGCCGCUAAGUACGGUCAUCUCGACGUCGUCAAGUUUCUUCAUGCCCAUCUAGCCCACCCGUGCUUGAAAUGGGCAUUGGAGCACGCAGCGGGGGCGAACCACGUAGAUAUCGUGGGGUACAUCAUCGAGUCGUUGGGGAAGGACCAAGUGUAUGGUGCAAAUGCAAUGAACAAAGCGGCGCAUCAUGGACAUGUAGCCAUGCUCGAGUUGCUCGAUUCCCACGGGUUGCAAUGCACGACGGACGCCAUGGACUUUGCUGCAUGUUGUGGCCAUCUUGACGUCGUCCAAUGGCUCCAUUCGAACCACGACGGCGGCUGCACAACGCUUGCCAUGGACGAAGCUGCCAGGAACGGUCACUUGGACGUCGUUCGAUGGCUGCAUACCCAUCGCCAAGAAGGGUGCACGAAGCAGGCCAUCCAUCACUCCAUCAUGAACAAACAUUGGGACGUCGUGCGAUACCUCAUCACCCACCAACUGGAAGGCAAUGGUCGCGACGCGCUUGAUCUAGCCAUGCACGACCCCAACGCCCCGAGCGACGUGGUCGCUCUGCUACGCGACAAGGGCGCGCCGGUCGGCGUUUCCACGAUCGUGCCAGAACUGGCAUAGCUGUCUGCUCUGCGGCCGUCGGGCAACGUUAUCCCCCAUGCUUAUGAUAAAGAUAUAUCCAUCCAACGAGCCCACGACGACGUGGCGCGCUACGUUGCUGCAAAGCGGCAACUAAAACCCUUCAAAGUAGUCUUGACCCGUGUACUUGGUCACUGAAUGGGCUUCGUUGCACCGGUCAAAGUUGGAUACGUCCGCUGCGCCCUUGAUAACGGGAACGUACGGGGCCCGCAGUGACUUGUGGACGAGGCCAUUCCAGUCGAACGAGGCCGAUGCGAACCACGGAUGGUGGACCACGUCGUUCAUGCCGCCCGCCAACGAUCCUAUCCAUCGAAGUUAGUUGGCAUGUCGAUGGACGCGCGCACGCACCAAGACGAAGGCCGGGGUUCGGCUCGAGCAACUUGGUGAUCAAGUCUUGGGCCAACGGGUCAAACUUGGCGUGAAAUUUGAGCGCGGUCUUGGCAUGGAUGAUCUUUUCAAAGAUGCGCUGUUGCUCUUGAUGCUGGAACGGUGUGCGUCCCGAGAGCAGCUCGUACAGGAGGCACCCGAGUGCCCAGUAGUCGACUGCUUUGUCAUGGCCUUUGUUCAGGACGAGCUCGGGGGCCAAGUACUCGGGCGUGCCACACAACGUAAACGAUUUCUCGCACAACAGCGCGCCUUUGUAAAACGGAAUGUGCUUGGCAAAGCCAAAGUCGACCAUCUUCAAGUACCCGUCGUGGUCGAGCAUGAGGUUCUCCGGCUUCAAGUCGCGGUACGCGACGCCCAGCGUCUGCAAGUAUCGAAACACUUCGACGACGUUGGCAGCGUAGAAGCGGGCGCUGGGCACGUCGAACGCGCCUGUUGACGCAAUGUGAGCAAGUGGCGCAGCGCGUCAUCGACGUACCGCAGACCCCCUUGGGCACCAAAUACGCCUUCUCGUACAGGAGCGACCACAACUCGCCCCCUUGGACAAGCUCCAGGAGCAUGUACAGCUGAUCCGAGUCGCUGAAGGUUUCGUACAGCUUGAGGAUAAACGGGUGGUCGCACUCGGCAAUGAUGCCUUUUUCAUGGAGCACGUUGCGCUGCUGGUGUGUCUCGACAAUGUUGGCUUUUUGCAUGCACUUGAGCGCAAAUGUCUGGCCCGUCGACGUGUGCUUCAUCAUGAGCACUCGCCCGAACGUGCCGGUCCCGAUCGUCUGCACCUUUUCAAAGUCCUACAGCACCGUCGUCGCUUGGAGCUUUCUCACACACGACACCGUACCGCGAGGGAAAACUUUUUGUGCGUCGAGGGCUGAGCUGGCGUCCCCUUGGCAAACGCGGCUUCCUGCAUCGCUUGC